CAAAGUCAAUCAGGACUGAAUUACAGAACUUAUAACGGUUUAUAAACCAUUAUUUUUUCUUCCUUUAUAUUAUUUUACCUCUAAAAUAUGUUCCAAUUCGAAGAUUAAACACGAUUUCUUAUAAACGAAUUAUAUUUCGUCUUAGAAAUCUGAAAGUUGCCUUUUGUAAAUUAAGAUCGGUUCAAUGGAAGUAUUAUCAAGUUACAUUAAAAAACUGGAUCACCCGUUAAAAGAAAUAAGGGAGAGAUCACUGCAAUUAUUAACAGAAAAAUUGAAAUUGGGAUGGCAGUUGGAAGAUGAACUUUCUUCUACUCGGAAACUCUUGGAAUGUUUGUUGGCAUGGUUUCAAGUUCAAAAACCAACUUUGCAAUGUGAAGCUUUAUGUCUUCUAUUAACAGCAAUUAAGACUAAGAGUGGAUCAUAUAUUGUUAAAGAAAUGGGUAUUAAUAAAAUGCUAAAUGACUUAAAGGAAAUAAAGAAUAAAGUAGAUACUGAAGCAUUGGUUUUGUUUGAUGAUGUGGUUGAUACAUUGUAUUUCUUAAAAACUGUGGAGUCGGAGAAUGAUUUAGUACCACCACUUAUUUUGGGAUCUAGUACAAGUUCUGAAAGUACACAGGGGUUAAAUGGCGAUUAUCAUAAUUCACCUCACCAAGAGGACUUGACUAACCAGCAAGACUUAUUCAGCUUGAAAUAUGAUAGGAGAGCAAAUAGUUCAACAAUGUCAAUGACAUCAGAUGGUAUCAAAGUAUUAUUAUUCCCCUGGGUUGAUAUUUGUCCAUCUGAUUUGAAGACAAUUGUUUUGCUAGAAGAUGCAUUGAAAGUAGUGAAAUCAAUAAGAAGAUGCUGUAGGUUCAUAUGUGAUGUAUUUUUAAAAGACUUUCCACCAGAAAUAUUUCUUAAUAGGCCUACUAUUGUAAAUACACUGGUGAUGAUGGCAGAUGGACAAAAAACUAGUCAUCCCGGAGAAGCACUGUAUGUUUUGCGCUGUAUUACUCAUGCCUUACAUCAGAGACUUGAACAAUUAUUCUCCAUUGAAUUAGUUCAUACUAAAAAUAAGGUGUCUAUAGAAGUAAAAGAAUCAUAUGAUGAAGUGAAUGCUGAGUUGGAGAAAAUUGCAGGUGGAUUUAACCUACAAGGUGCGGAGGACUCAAUAACACCUCUCCGACAGAUCCCUGCACCAAUUUUUGCUUUAAACACUGCAUAUUCAGUACUAUCUAUAAUGUCCAGAAGCAUUGCUUUAUUAGAUCCUAAUGAAAGCGAAGUUCUAAACAUGAGACAAUUAAAUACAUGUUUGGAUUUGAUUGAUUCACUUAUUCAGUUAUUGUUAAAAUGUGUUUCUGAACAAUUCUGGAUAGCGGAACAUAGUUACAAAACACAUAAGGACAUAGCGCAUAAGACGUGCAUGUUAAUGCGCAUGUUAGGUGACCUUUUAAUAAAAUAUAGACAAUCCUUUAUGGAAAAUACAGACCGAGAUCAUCAUCGGAUAGCUUGGUUACGAUUGAUGUCUAUUGCUGAGAAACUUCUUGAUUGGGCUAAAAAAUCUCCCUUACCACCCUCUUCAAUGAUUGUCGCACUGCAAGCCUCUCAGUUGGAUCCAGUAAUUGAACUCCUUUACCCAGACUUGAGUAGAAGAAUCAAUGAUACUCUUUCGAAAUGUAAAUCAGCUUUAGAUCAAGAACACAAAAAUAAAUAUAAAGCACUCAAAGAGUUAUACACGAGUAUGGAUUUUGCAGUUAAAUUUAUGAAGAAUAACAAUAUUGAUAGAAAUUUGAAGGAAGUUUUAAAGGAAAUUCAAAAUUCCAUUCCAAUUCUCGGUUUGCAACACAGUGAAGUUUUCUUGGAGGAUAUUUGCAAUAUUUUAUUAAUGAAGACAAAUAAUUUGUCUGAUGACAAUGACUGGUCUGUUGUCAGGAAUAUCGCACUGAAGUUAAUGUCUCAUAAUAUAGAAUGGGUUAAAGUGAAGUUUUAUCAAAAGUUGGAGGUUAUGGUGAAUUCGAUUUUGUUCAGUAAUGAGGUUUAUCAGAGUGAACAUGAGCAGUGUUUGAUGUUGCUUUGUGAUGUCGGUAUCUUAACUGAAAUUUGUUGCCAUGGAUUGUCAUCGAAUUUAGAACAGGUAAAAUCGAGUGCAUCAGAGAUUAUGCUGUAUUUGCUCCGCGGUAGAUUGGUGCUGAGCGAGAGUUGCUGGUGGCGGCUGCUGGCCAGCCUGCUGCCAAUCCUACCGCUAUUACACGUGUACGCCGCGCAUGACACACCUAUAGGAAAAGCGAUAUGCAAGUCUCUUGAACCCGAUAUAGUGGAACGUAUGGGCGUUUCAUUUGCGGAGAUGGUUAGCGGCUUGGCGAGGCUUUUGUUUGUCAAAUGCGUUGUUGUACAGUUGGAAGCGGCGCACUCGUUAUGUCGUCUUUUAGAUGAUGAUCAAUAUUUGCCCCCUCGAGAAUCACUCCGUUCUGAUUUAUUGUUGAAUGCACUACGAAGAGUGGAGCCGGAGGAAUUUAAUUUGGACUCCUCCUCCUCUUUCACGAAGAGUCCUCAGACUGCAGGUUUAGUUCAAAUAUUGGAAGUGUUGAAACAAGAUCUGCGUUGGGAGGGCGUGGGCAAGACGUACGUGGCGAAUACGUCGCGGCCCGGACUCGAGCCCUCACUGCGACGUAGUACGCUGCAGCAGCUGGCGGUACUGCUGCGUCAACACGACUCCCACGAUGUUUUCCUACAACAUGACGGAGUUAAUCUUGUCGUGUCUUUACUUAGAUUAUCGUUGAUGGUAGAGGAUUAUUUGGCGUUUCCAGAAUGUGCCAUCAGUUGCGUCUCUGUUCUAAAUAGUGUGUGCUUCGCUAGCCGACAUAAUUUAGUCAAGAUUACGGAUUUGCCUUUACUUUUGCUGAGAGUGAUCCUCGCGUUCCCGUCCAACGAGUCGUGCGUGUUGAUGUCGGCUCAGAUCUUGUCUCUGGUAGCGUGGUCGGGUUUCGUGCUGCAGGACAUCGACUCCUCGCGGCAGAAGGUCCCCGCGCUGCCCCACUGUGUCACCGAACGUACUUCCCUACCGUAUCAUGUAAACAGCUAUUGGAACACGAGUCCUAACGCAGAACAUUGUACUUUGGAAUGGUUACUAAGCGAAGAUGAAUGGCGCCGUUGUGUACGUAUACGUUGGUGGUGUACGUGGGCGGGGGGUGUGCGUGCUGUACGCACCGCCCUCGCCGCGCUGCCCCCGCUGCCUGCGCCCGCGCCCGCCCCGCACGACCUGGCACUCAUGCGCAGCGCCUGCGUCAUACAUAGUACCACUAAAGGUCUGCUGGCAUUGGAGAACGCCACCUCACAUGCACAAGUGUUGGAAGCGCUCGCAUUGCUACAGAGUCACGCAACGCUGGUGUGUAGUUCGUCGACAAGUCUAAAGGAGUAUGGUGCAUUGCCAUGGCAACACAUUCGUCGCUUCCUAUGCGCGCCGCCCGCCUCCACCAAUGACACCGCACUGCUCAUAGCUCUGCUACGGUUCAUUAUCUCUUAUAUGGAUAAUGUACCUUCCAACCGUACAACUAUGAGCUGGAUCAUAUCGUAUUUCAUAUGUAACGACGUAGCUGUGAUAUCUCUAUUGAGUCGUGACCGUCUCUAUCCACAACAAACUUCGCAAGAAGAUAUAGAAGUUAUCCAGCUACAUAUUCACAUAGUUAAGGUUAUCUGGCGAUGUGUAAGACUGCUUGAUAUCCAGGACGAAUAUGAUGAUAAGCGUAUGGAGAGCUUGCUGAAGAUUUUGUUGUCUUGUCUGGAAAAUAUUGAUAUGAAAAAUUUUCAUAUGCAAGGAUAUCUAAACGAGGUGAUGCGGUGUAUUCGAUAUGCGUUGUAUUCUCGCUACUGCCAUCUAUCUGAAGACACAUUAAUUGAAGCGCUAAAUAUAUUGACAAAGACAUUUUUUAACUGCGGAGUGGGAAGUGGCUUUAAGAGUCAGGGUUGUAAGGAAGACGCCCUGCUCGCUUUGAUGGCAAUACUCAGACAAAUAUAUGAAAAUGAUGUUCCCGUACAGAGAUGGAGCGAGGCGUGGUGCGGCGGCGCACUGCAAACGACCGCGGCGUGCGUGCGUUGCGAGCGCGCGAGCCUGCGAGCAGCCGCGCUGCACGUCAUGGCCGCGCUCACACAAUACACGCAGCUGCUGCCACAUAUCUUGCAAUGUAUAUCGAGCGAGUCAAUAUGUCAAUACGCGUUGAACAUUCUGCUGCGAUGUGGUGAAGCGAACAUCGUGCGCGCUGCGGCCGCCUCGCUGCUGGCCGCUGUCACUGCCCGCUCCACACCACACUCUACUGUUUUUGAAAAUGAUAUUAUUAUACAGCUAAAAGAAGCAGACUUUCUGGAGAGUUGUUUGCAAAUUUUCAUUGACUUUUGUGACGAGAAAAAAUAUCAAAAUUAUCUUCAGCCCAACAUGCCUUUAUCUGUAUUGGAGCGUCGAUCGGAGUUGGAGGUACGAGCACGUAAGAGCGGGGAACUCCGGCUGUCGCCGUCAGAGGAAGUCGUUCAGCCGCCACCGUCGGUAGACCUGGUGGUAGGCGUUGCAGAUGUUCUGCACAAUAUCAACGCCUUCAAAAACUGCCCUGUCGACGUGUGGAAUGAACAAGGAGUAUAUAGAAUCAUGUUCAGAUGUGCGUCAUGGAGUUGUGGCAACUUGGAGCAGCGUCACCGCGUUCGCGCCGCGGUUUGCCGCGCGCUCGCCGCGGCUGCGACGCGCAAAUGCGUGCGCGCAUCACUCGCCAAUACUAAAGACUGUCUGGUCAAUUUGCUCCUCACUUUGACAACGACUGACGAAGGCGACGAUGACGAGAAGUCCGCACGUACGCAGACGUUCUCAUUGCUCGCAGCUUUGUUACCGGAGCGCUCUGCCGGUGACGUCGUGUGGUCAGACCUUAUACACAGACAAGCCAUGCCCUUCUUUACUAUAGUGAUGCAUUCUCUACAGACAGACGAUGAUGAACUUCAAGACGCAGCGAUGCAUUGCCUGACGCAGCUGAUCAAAUCUGCAUCGAAUAAAAAACAUGCGGACAAAACUAGUGACGAAUCUUUCAUCGAAUUUUUCUCAAAUAUGAAAUAUGAGAAUGUGGUUCAAAGCGCUAGGUCGGGUGCCGGCGACUCGGGUCGCGACGACUGCCAGCCCGAGUAUCUGUGCGAGGAGUUGUGCAAGCUGCUCAUAAACACAUUCCAAGAACUAUUUGAUAAGAGAAAAUGCGAAGCCAGCCAAGAGGAGGCGUGGGUGCGCGUGAGUUCAUGCCUGUGCGUGUUGGUGUCGUGCUGCGCGCGCUGCCGGGCGUACGGCACGCACCGGCAGUUGCCGCGCGCGUUGCUGGCCGCGUUGAGGGUGACGCGCGACCACCUCGCCAUGCACGGCAAGCCCGCUGACGUCAUCAGGAACGCUAACCAUGAACCAGUUCUGAACACAUUGUAUUGGCUGCUAACCUUAAUAAGCAGUUUGAUGUUGGACUGCCCGGCCGCUAAGGAAGCCUUUGCAGAUAAUAUAACUUGCAGCCUCAACAAGCUGUGGCCGUGGUGCAUGAUGACGGAACAGCUGAGGACCGCCAUCAUGCAUCUAUUGGUCACAUUUACCAAUGAUUGCCCCAAAGCGUGGGCGUGCAUGUGUGCGUGCGUGGGCGGACGCAAUCUGGUAGGCGAGGUGUGCCGUGUUGUGGGGCGCGGCGGCGGGCCGCUGCUGCCCGCGCUGCGCACGCUGCGACACUGCGCCGCGCACCACCACUGCAGGGCCAUACUGCUAAAGAGCGAAGUAUUAUCAUUCAUGAGUAAGACGUGCGGUCGUGGGGCCUCGUGGAGCGCGGCGUGCGGUGCGUGGGCGCGGCUGUGCACGGCGCUGGCGCGGCAUGCUGACGGGGGAGCGGCGCUGCUGGCGCUACCGGCGCUGCGUCCACCGCACCCGCGCCUUCUGCCCGCGCUCACGCACGCCGCGCACCACCACCGCGCCGCAUUCCUGCACGCACCGGAUCUGUUGGAGUUCCUGUCCGCGGCGCUGUUGACGGGCAACACGUCAGAGGUGGUGCUAGCCGCGCGCGCCGCCUGGGCACUCGCCGCCAACAAUCACAGGGCAAAACUAGUACUGCGAGGGGCUGGAGUGACCUCGGCUGUGCAGUCAGCGCUGCAGCGGCACCAUCGGUCGACUGCAGAAGAUGCACAGCAAGCGCUGCAGCUCCUCACAUAUACAUACAAUGUGCUGCAAGCCAUGUGACAAAGCCUUAUUGUGAAACAAUAUGAUAAUGGGUAGUCAGUAUUUGGAACUAUAUGUUUUAUAAUUAAUGAACAUUCCUUAGUUAGUAGUUAUACUUAAAAAGACUAUAUUUGUAAUUUCGUUGUCUCACGAAAGAUUGGAGCCGAUUAUGGUUUGCAAUUUCACUUCUCUAUUCUAAUGAAUUAUUUUAUGAACAGUGUUAUCUCUACUAAAAAGUCUGAAUUACGAGUUUUUAUAUUGUUUGUAAAAGAAGUAAAACAGAUCUACAUCUUAUGCAUUUGUAAACCUUUUUGUAUUCUUUUGUAUCUUUUGAUGAAGUAUUGUGAUAGUCAUUUUUUUUAACCGACUUCAAAACUGAGGAGGUUCU